AUGGAAACAGAGUACCUGAAGAGAUGCUUUGGAAACUGCCUGGCCCAGGCACUGGCGGAGGUGGCCAAAGUUCGGCCCAGUGACCCAAUAGAGUACCUGGCUCACUGGCUUUGUCAUUAUCGGAAAACCAUGAAGGCAAAAGAAGAGAACAUGCAACAGGAGACCCAGCUGAAGGAGGAAUAUGACAGGAGCCUCAAGGAAGCAGAAAUGGCAGAAAUGCUGAAGCAAGAGGAGUAUCAAAUUCAACAGAAGUGUGAAAUGGGUCACAAGGUACCUGUUUCUGUAGCUCUAUCUACCAAGAAGACCAUAUUCAACCAGGAAAGUGUUAAGCCACUUGAGGAGGCCUUGGAGCAGGAACCCCUGCCAGGUACCUCCAAGAACCCUCCAGGAAUGCUUUGACAGAUUCCCUCUUCGGAGUUAGCUGGCCAGACUACUGAAACUUCGAAACUCCACAAAUACCUCCCAAAACCCCUUAUGACUCCGUAUCUCUCUAUUACCUCGUCAGAAGAUAGAUGAUGCUUCCCUCAAAAUUUCAAGCCAAGAAAACAGCCAGCUAGAAGGGCUCUUACUUGAAGAUGACAAUCAUGUUGUUUAAACCAAUACGAGGGGCUCUGGAAGGAGAUGUCUGUAGGAAAUCUCCAGCCCAGGUCCUGUUCUGAUAGCCAUAAAAAUCUCUUAAUCAUGUGGAGAUUUGUUAGAAGAUAAAAUAAACUCAGAAGAAGGAUUUAAAAGAAGUAAUCAAACCGAUGAGUCUUUUUUCCUCUUGUUGUAUCUUUUUUUUGGAGACUGUACUGUGAAAACAUCCAUCUCAU